CGGAGAUGGCAAAAGCUCAAAAUCUCAACAGCCAUGGCUUCGCUUCCUGUUCAGUUCACCAGGAAUCAUCUCUCUACACCGUAUUUCUCCGGGAGAAUCCGCCGCUCCGACUUCAAGGAUCCAAGAUCUUUCGUAACUGUACAUUGCUCCGCUAGAGAAAACAGAGACGAUGGCCAAGGAUUCAAGAAGAGUUUGUUCCCUGUGAAAGAGCUUGGAUGUAUCGCUUGCGCCGUUCUCUCUGCUUGCACUCUUACAAUGGCUUCUCCUGUAAUUGCUGCUAAUCAGAGACUUCCACCGCUUUCAACAGAUCCAAACCGGUGUGAACAAGCGUUUGUUGGUAACACGAUAGGUCAAGCAAAUGGAGUCUAUGACAAACCACUAGAUCUUAGGUUCUGCGACUACACAAACGAUCAAUCUAAUCUCAAAGGAAAGACACUCUCUGCAGCUUUGAUGUCAGGGGCCAAGUUUGAUGGCGCCGAUAUGACUGAAGUCGUUAUGUCAAAAGCUUAUGCCGUAGGAGCAAGCUUCAAGGGGGUGAAUUUCUCGAACGCUGUUAUUGAUCGGGUGAAUUUCGGGAAAUCUGAUCUGAAAGGAGCGGUUUUCAAGAACACUGUGUUAUCAGGUUCGACAUUUGAUGAGGCAAAUCUGGAGGAUGUGGUCUUUGAGGACACAAUCAUUGGUUACAUAGACCUUCAGAAAAUUUGUAGGAACGAGUCAAUAAACGAAGAAGGAAGACUCGUGUUGGGUUGCAGAUAGAGAAGAGACAAGGCUUGGUUUUGAUGUAUUUAUACGAUGUAAGAAUUUGAGAUUUGACACAAAGAAUGUAUGAACGAAGUAAGUAAAGGUUCAAAGGAUAAGUACCCAGGAGAGUAAAGAGGUUGUAUAAUUUUUAUCAUCCCUGUAAAUUCUGUAACCAAACGAAGGCUUUUCUCUGUUCCUCGAUGAUUUACAUACACAGAUUAAUGUGUAGAUCAUGUGUAUGUCUUUUCCUUUAA